CACGCCUCCCGCGGCCCAGCUGGGAUCGACUGUAAUUUUCACCAACAGCCAGUGCGAGACUGGAAGGAAGCGUGGGAGAGACGGGUUGAGACGGAGAAGUUUGGUGGAGAAAAGUUGUUUAUUAGCGCUAAAUAUUUGGGAUUCUCCUUGACAUUUCCUAAGCUGCAUGUGCUUGCUAUGUUCGGAAGACAGUGAAGAUGAGAAGGUGAAGAGUCUCCAAGUCCUUCUCUUGAUUUUAUUUUAUCUGUUUUUGUUGACAAUGGAGUCACUGAAUCUUAAACGGCAGUUUGACUGAAUUCCAUACUGGAUGCAAAAUGGAGAAGAAACGGAGAAAGAAAUAACAAAAUAAGAAAAAAUAAUGAAUUGGCAGCAACUUUUUACAGCAAGAUGUGUGCCAGGAAACCUAAACUCCAUUACAUACUUUUAAGAGUUUUCAGGUGUAAUGAAUUGACCCCCCUCAUGGGAGGAUCUUAAUGUCCGGUUUUAAUAUUGUGCUGGGUUUUUGGGAAGCAAAAAUUGGAUUUAUAACUCCUGUGAAGAUACAUUUGAGACCAUGAAGCUUGAGAGUGUCUGCCUAUCUGUGUUGCUGAUUCUGCUUUUUAGCAGAAUGCCAUAUGGAACAGAGCUGGGUGACGACAUAGUUUUGUGCUCCAACUGCUCUCACCUCAGUCUUAGAGUGGAGUUUUCCUCCACUUUAGUUGAGCAUGAAUAUAUCAUCGCCUUUAAUGGGUACUUCACAGCCAAAGCCAGGAGUAAGUUUAUUUCAAGCGCCUUGAAAAAUUCAAAAAUUCUGGAAUGGAAGAUUGUUCCUCGUGAUAAUCCUGCCAGUGACUACCCCAGUGACUUUGAAGUGGUACACAUUAAAGAACUACAUAAGGAGGGACUUUUGAAGCUGCAGGACCACCCACAUAUUAAACGAGUUACUCCUCAACGAAAGGUUUUCCGCACCCUGAAAUUCACAGACUCAACUGACCAGCCAGUGCCUUGCAAUGAUAGUCGGUGGACCCAAAAGUGGCAAUCAUCACGUCCUUUAAGAAGAUCAAGUUUAUCCCUGGGCUCUGGCUUUUGGCAUGCUACCGGGCGACAUUCAAGUAGACGGCUGCUGAGAGCAAUUCCUAGACAGGUGGCGCAGACCUUGCAGGCUGAUGUUCUUUGGCAGAUGGGACAUACUGGUGCUGGAGUUAAGGUAGCAGUCUUUGACACAGGUCUUAGUGAGAAGCACCCGCAUUUUAAGAAUGUGAAAGAGAGAACAAACUGGACCAAUGAGAAAACCCUAGAUGAUGGAUUGGGCCAUGGUACAUUUGUAGCUGGUGUGAUUGCAAGUAUGAGAGAAUGCCAAGGCUUUGCCCCUGAUUCAGAGCUGCACAUAUUCAGAGUUUUUACUAACAAUCAGGUAUCAUACACUUCUUGGUUCUUGGAUGCAUUCAACUAUGCUAUAUUAAAGAAAAUCGAUGUUUUAAACCUUAGUAUUGGAGGACCUGACUUCAUGGACCAUCCUUUUGUUGACAAGGUUUGGGAGCUUACUGCCAACAAGGUUAUCAUGGUCUCUGCAAUUGGGAAUGAUGGGCCCUUGUAUGGAACACUUAAUAAUCCAGCUGACCAGAUGGAUGUAAUUGGCGUAGGAGGGAUCGAUUUUGAAGACAACAUUGCUCGGUUUUCUUCCAGGGGAAUGACUACAUGGGAGCUGCCUGGUGGUUAUGGUCGAGUCAAACCAGAUAUUGUGACCUAUGGGUCUGGUGUCCGUGGGUCUGGAAUGAAAGGUGGAUGCCGCUCUCUCUCAGGAACCAGUGUUGCUUCCCCAGUUAUUGCUGGUGCUGUUACACUUUUAGCAAGCACAGUCCAAAAUCGAGACCUUGUGAACCCUGCCAGUAUGAAGCAGGCCCUUAUUGCAUCUGCCCGAAGACUUCCUGGUGUCAACAUGUUUGAGCAGGGACAUGGCAAACUGGACCUCCUUAAAGCUUUCCAGAUACUUAACAGCUAUAAACCCCAGGCAAGCCUUAGUCCAAGCUAUAUUGACAUGACUGAAUGCCCAUAUAUGUGGCCAUAUUGUUCCCAGCCAAUAUACUAUGGAGGAAUGCCAACAAUUGUUAAUGUUACAAUUCUCAAUGGAAUGGGUGUCACUGGCAGGAUUGUUGAUAAGCCAAUUUGGCAGCCCUAUAUUCCCCAGAAUGGAGAUAACAUUGAUGUAGCAGUAUCAUAUUCACCAGUAUUAUGGCCUUGGUCUGGAUACCUUGCUGUUUCAAUAUCUGUGGCAAAGAAGGCAGCUUCAUGGGAGGGAAUUGCUCAGGGUCAUGUGAUGGUCACUGUGGCAUCACCAUCAGAAAACGAAUCUAAAGCAGGUUCAGAGAUAACUUCAACUGUCAAGCUUCCAAUCAAAGUGAAGAUAAUCCAAACUCCACCUCGAAGUAAAAGGGUUCUGUGGGAUCAGUACCACAAUCUUCGUUACCCACCAGGUUACUUCCCACGGGACAACUUGAGAAUGAAAAAUGACCCUUUAGACUGGAAUGGUGACCACAUUCAUACAAACUUCAGAGACAUGUACCAGCACCUAAGAAGUGUGGGCUAUUUUGUUGAAGUUUUGGGAGCACCACUAACUUGUUUUGACGCCAGCCAGUAUGGAACUCUGCUUAUGGUGGACAGCGAAGAAGAAUACUUCCCAGAGGAGAUAGCUAAACUGAGACGUGACAUCGAUCAGGGAUUGUCUUUGAUUGUGUUCAGUGACUGGUACAACACAUCUGUGAUGAGAAAGGUUAAAUUCUAUGAUGAAAACACAAGGCAGUGGUGGAUGCCUGAUACAGGGGGAGCAAACAUUCCUGCUCUAAAUGAUUUAGUAUCUGUUUGGGGCAUGGCCUUUAGCGAUGGUCUGUAUGAAGGGGAUUUCUCCAUGGCAAACCAUGACAUGUACUAUGCUUCUGGGUGCAGUAUUGCUAAAUUUCCUGAAGAUGGAAUAGUUUUGGCAAAUCCUUUAAAAGACCAAGGACUUGAAGUACUGAAACAAGAAACAUCUAUUGUGGAGAAUGUUCCAAUAUUAGGCCUUUACCAAACUCCCUCUGAUGGAGGCGGUAGAAUUGCUUUAUAUGGAGAUUCAAAUUGUAUCGAUGACAGUCACAGGCAGAAAGAUUGUUUCUGGCUACUGGAUUCUCUCCUUCAUUACACUUCCUUUGGUGUAAUGCCUACUAGCCUUAGUCACUCAGAAAACAGAGUACAGCCUCCUACUGGCUUGGAUCACCCUCUUCCUGAGAGACUGGAAGGAAACCACUUGUAUCGCUAUUCUAAGGUUCUUGAAGCUCACCUGGGAGAUCCAAAGCCCCGUCCCCUCCCUGCCUGUCCACAUCUGUCUUGGGCAAAGCCACAUCCCCUCAAUGAUACUGCGCCAAGCAAUCUGUGGAAACACCAGAAACUCCUCUCAAUAGACCUGGACAAAGUGGUUUUACCAAACUUCAGACAGAACCGCCCACAAGUGAGGCCUUUGUCCCCUGGAGAGAGUGGUGCUUGGGACAUUCCAGGGGGUAUAAUGCCAGGUCGUUACAAUCAAGAUGUAGGUCAGACCAUCCCAGUGUUUGCUUUCUUGGGGGCCAUGGUGGUUUUGGCUUUUUUUGUAGUACAGAUCACUAAGUCUAAGAACAAACCAAAGAGAAGAAAACCAAGGGUGAAGAGGCCUCUUUUUUUGCAGCAGCCACAUGCAGCAAAAUCACCAUCAGUGUAGCAUGGAGGAAGACUUUUGGAAAAUGAUGAGUGGAUUAUUAAUAACUCUUUGCUUGAGAGUCUUUCGGAUCAUGGAUCCAAUUGCUUGCUUUGAAAGCAUACAUCCCAUCACAUCUCAUCUUUUUUUUUAUCGAAAUAUGGAACUGAAAUUCAGACUAAGAAAAAUGGAAAUCCAAAAACAUUAAAUUAUUUGAUUUAGUGCAGGCCUAAGAAGUGGCCUCUUAAUUAUGACCAAAACGUGGCCACUUUUUUUGGUUGCGCUUUUUUUUUUUGUUUUUUUUUUUAUUAUUUAUUUUACAUUAAUUAAAAGGGAUACGAUUACUUUCUGGAGGGGGCUGUAAAUUACAUUUGUGUUUUGUUUAAUUAUAGAUACAAUUUUUUUUAUUGGGGGGUGAUAUAUAUUUUUGCCAAUAGUGACUUCUGCUGCUGUCCUUGUCUGUCUUUUAUAAAAUGGCAUCUACCAUGACAUUUUGUAAAUAAUCAUAAUUUCACCGUUGUUGGUGGAGAUACGGAUUUCUAAAAUAUAUACUAUCAAGAUGAAGCUGA